AUGCAGUACUCCAUGAUCAACGUUCAAAAGUUGGCCCUUUGGGGCGCAUUCAGCCUGAUUGCUGUAAAGGCUCAAACCGAUGACCUUCUACCUGGAGAUGACAGCGAAGCUGUCUGGAAACCGAUGGGAAAGGUUGAUCCCUGGUAUCUGCCCGCCGAUGUAGUUGACGGUGGCGACAAAGAUGGCUCUGUCCUCCAAAAGGCUACUGGUAACCGUAUCCGUUGCGGUGUUGUUGGCUACGACAAGGAAGACAAAAUCUGGAUGAUUCCCGCCAACGGCAACUUCGACCAGGUCGGCUACAUUCUGCCUCGGGGUGGAUAUGAUUCAAGGUCGGACAAGUCUAUCGCAGACUGCGUACUGCGAGAGUCAAAGGAAGAAGGAGGUCUUAUUAUCGAUAUCAACUCGUUGAUCCCCCUCGGACUCAGCAAUGGCGGAGCAGUAUACUGGUACAAGGGAAAUGUUACUGAAACAGUCGAGCCGACCGAGCCCCGACCUAGACCACCAAAGGGCUUCACAGUCGACGAUACGCGCGCGGAGCUGUUGAAGCCUCCGGGAAAGCCGGCAAAGAAGGCAGACAUGCGCCAAGCAUUCCACAAUUCGGCUACAGCAGAUGAAUCUACCAGAUAUGAGCUCACCUUCACGGCAAAGGAGGGCAGCGCAACUGGCGGCUCAGACUACUCCGUGAAGGAUCUUGGACGUUGGAAGGCGAUCUACACCGAUGGCUUCACAAACGGCGAACAAGCUAUUAUGAAGGUCCUUUGCGAUGUUUACGGGUACAGAAUUGUUGCCAAUGAAGCGUGGGCAAGCCAGGUUCCCCUCGGCCUCAGUCUUAGCUCGGUCAUUACACAGCUUUGGACAGCCACGACAUUGGAUAUCAACGAGGUUACGUCCAUCAAGUUCUCCGAAAUCGUCGACCCGGCGACCCAAACCGCGAUUAGCAACGCACGCACUGAGCUUGGAGAGAGUGCCGGAGGUUUCACUACGACUAAUGACCUCGGUGAGACGAAGGGCUGGAACACCUUGAUGGCUAGUCCUUACGGAGUGGUGGCUUCAGAAGUGGCUAAGGCGGUUGGCAAGGGAAUCGCGGGAAUCUCUGUAACAGACGGCAACCCUUCGGAGAUACUAUUCACACUAGAGCAGUAG